AUGUUAUCUCCAAACACAAAUUAUGGAGCCUAUCUCAUUGUUAAACUUGCUGGUCGAGCUUACGGAUUAGACACACUACCAUCGCAAAUAUCACUUGAAGUUGGCAAAUCCAAAUCACAAGGAAACGUUUAUUUACGCUGCCAAGAGAAAAAUAAACAAGCUUGUUCUUUAAGCAGGACAAACAGAUCAAGAUCAAGAAUUCAUGAAGAAGAAAGAAGUAAUUACGUUCAAGAACGUGAAGAUGGAUGGAUUGAGGUUGAAUUGGGGAGUUUCUAUAACGAUGAUGGUGAUGCUAAGGAAGUGGAGAUGUGUCUAAAAGAGGUGACCGGAGAGCAUUUGAAAGAGGCAGUGAUAUUCCUGAACCUCAAGGGGCUGGAAGGUGGCACAGCAAGCUUAGAUGUGCAUAAUGCUCUUGAUCAAGCUACCUAUUGUGAAGAUGCAUUGUCUUCAGGCCGGGUUAAUAUACCUUCAGCUGCUGCUAGAAUCCUGAAAUGGAAGGCUGUCUAUGCGGUUGCCGAUGCAGCCGUCGUAGCUUCUGAGGCAACAAUCCCAACAGAAUUACUGAGCCAGGUCUGCAAUUACGCAAAUGCUAAUACUAGCUACGCAAGCUGCGUGAAAAUUCUGAUGGCCCAUCCAAAAACAUUGCUGGCGUCUAGUCUCAAGGACAUUGCAGAGAAUGCCUUGGAUAUAGCAAGAAGAGAAUCAACUCAAACGAGUGAUUUCUUUACUCAGUUGCUCAACAGUAAAGACUUAAACCUUGCAUUCAAGGCAGCCAUUGAUAACUGUGCAUCUUACUUUAAACAAGCAACUAUCUUCUUCAACCUUAAUGGACUAGCAAGUGGUACUGCAAGCCUUGACGUGCAUUAUGCUCUUGAUGAGGCUAAAUGUUGUCAAACAAAUUUGUCUGCAGACCACGUUGAUAUCAAAUCAGCUGCUGACAAAAUCGAGGAAUGGAAGGGUUUUUAUUCGAUUGCCUAUGCAGCCGUGACAGCACUUGAAGACUGUAAAAACUGA